UUUGACAUUAAGCUUUGAUGCGAAACUCGAAAAAAAGGGAAAUGUGUUUGUUUUUUAUAAUUACUUAUUGUCUUAUUAAGUAGCAAAAGUGCUACGAAAUUGCAUUAAGUCAAUAAUAUAAAGGCAAAUUUUAAAAAUGCCUACAGCAAUAUUACUUGAUGUUUCACUAUCCAUGUCCCGGCCUGUGCCGACAUCGGACACAACAGAAAAUAUUACUAGGCUUACAAUAGCUUCUGCGGCAAUAAAUACAUUUUUAGAUUAUUUAAGUGUACAUGCAAAACUAGAAUAUGUAGCUUUAAUAACAUUUUCUUCCACAUAUGAAGUGGUUGUUCCAUUUACUCGUGAUUAUGAUAGCAUUAAGGCAAAAUUAGGUCAUUUAGAAGAAGGUGAUAAAACAUGCAUAGAAACUGCCUUGUCUGGUGUCAAUCAACUUAUACUUGGAGAAUGGGGAUACCAAACACUUGUGCAAACUAUUCUGAUAACAGAUGGAACAUGCGGUGUUGGUACAAUAGGCAGGAAUCGUAUAAUCCAGGCGUUGCCUUUACCUCCUUCAUUUCCAUCAAAAAUCCAUAUUCUUCCAAUAGUAUCACCACAUGACUCAUGUCUUCAACAUGCUAUGCCAUUGUAUCAAAAAAUAGUUGAUUUGGCAAGCAGCACUGUGAACAAUUCAACUGGCAGUAUUAACAGAGGUGCUAUAUAUUGCCCUGACCAACUCUCUGUAGCUGCGGUUGUUACAUCAAUGACAAAGUUAUGUGAGCAACAAUAUCAAGAAUUCUGGUGUACUCUAAAGUGUGGUCAGUUGGAGACUAGAGUACAACUGUUCCCAGCACCACAGCCUGCCUCACAUGAGGGGCUAGCCGCUACAUAUACUAUAUCCAAUCAAAUACAUGUUGUUGGUUUCCUACAACAACAAGAUUUAGGAACUCCAAUAGCUAUCAGUAAACAUCUCAUAAUACCUCAACCUCAAGCAAAUAAUAACAACAGAGAAAACUAUGGCUCUAAAACACCUACAAAAGAAGGUACAAGCAGCGAAACAACGACCACCGAUGAAGAUAAUACAGAUCCAAGCAAAGUGCCAAACUUUUGUGUACUACUUCACGGCGCACUCAAGGUGGAGGGCAUGGCGGCGGUGGUGCAGCUGGGCGCGGAGUGGUGGGGCACGGUGUCGGCGUGGUGCGAGGCAAAAGGUAAAAAUGAUCAAUAUUUACUGACAAACCUGAGAAUCUUGUAA